GAGCGGCUUCCCUUUGACGCCCAACGUACCUCAUUACACAUUAGUGCAGCAGCGGCUGUGGGAGCGGGAACGCGAAAGACCGGUUUGACCCUUGCAGGAGCCGCAGCGAAAGCGUCGCAGCGAAAGCGGACGAAGAAAGGGGCAGCCGUCGCGCCAUGUCGGGCGCGCAAGUGCACAUGUGCAAGACCAUCUUUCCCGCUCACGCCGACCAUCAUGGGGCGCUCAGCGCGGGGCAGCUCCUCAAGUGGAUCGACACCACGGCUUGCUUAGCGGCUGAAAAACAUGCUGGCUUCUCUUGCGUGACGGCAUCAGUGGAUGAUAUACAGUUUGAAGAGACUGCCAGAGUUGGACAAAUUAUCAGCAUCAAUGCAAAAGUAAACCGGGCAUUCACUACCAGUAUGGAGGUUGGUGUCAAAGUUACAUUACAAGAUCCCCUAACUAAUAUUGAGAAAUUGAUUUGUGUGGCUUUCUCUACCUAUGUGGCAAGACCAGCAGAUGGUGAAAAGGUGAACUUAAAACCAGUAAAGCUUCUUACUGCAGAAGAUUUCCUGGAGUACACACUAGCUGUUGAGAGAAGAAAAAUCCGCCUGGAUCCUGAAUGUAACUUUAAGAACCUAAUGCAAGAGUGUGACAUGAAUGAUGAAUAUGUUUGCAGUAACAAGGAAGACGUGGUUUCCACAGACCUUACCCAUGUACAAAGUAUUGAACUUGUAUUGCCCCCUCAUGCCAAUCAUCAAGGAAAUACAUUUGGUGGCCAAAUUAUGGCUUGGAUGGAAACAGCAGCUGCUAUUUCUGCAAGUCGCCUGAGUCAUUUUCAUCCAACUUUGAAAUCUGUAGAUAUGUUUAAAUUUCUGGGACCUUCGACUGUGGGUGACCGCCUUGUUUUCAAUGCAAUAGUAAACAAUACUUUUCAUAAAAGCGUUGAGGUUGGAGUUCGUGUUGAGGCCUUCAACUGUGAAGAAUGGGCCAAAGGUCACGCGAGACAUAUUAACAGUGCAUUUUUCAUUUUUAAUGCUGUAAAAGAAAACAGCGAGCUUUUUACAUUUCCCAGAGUCAAGUCUACUACAAAGGAUGGUUUAAGAAGGUACCAUGAAGCUGUUGCCCGGAAGAGAAUUCGAUUAGCCAGGAAAUGUGUUCUCUUGAGGAAUGAAGCUGAUUACAUCCCUGAUCCCUGGGACAAAACCAACCAGGAAAACAUAAUCAACAGCAAUAUUGCAGCACUGACUACAAUGGCAGCAAAACCUGGAUGGGCAAUAACUAGAACUCUAGACUGUAUUAAAGUAUUCUCUCUAGAAGAAGAUGCUAUGGCAAUCAAAGUUGAAAUGGAAGUACAAAUACUAUCAGAACUAGCCUUUUCCCUUUUAUCUGACUUCACACACCAGACGCAUUGGGACAAAUACUAUUUAACUUCUAGAAUUGUGCGGAAUGUAACAGAAGAUGACAAAAUAUACUCCAUUACAUCCCCAUCAGUUAAUGGAAAUAACUCUAAUGACUUUUUAAUUCUUGUAUCUCGAAGAAAACCCUGUAAGACUGGUGAUCCCUACGUAAUAGCUGCAAGGUCAGUUGACUUGACGUGUGUUCCACCUUUUAACCAAAACUACUGCAGAAGUCAAAUAGAGUGUGCAGGAUUCUUGAUCUACAGUGAAGGCAACAAUUCUUUGGUUUCCUUUUAUAACCAGGGCACCCCUGCUGUUAUGUCUUAUUUUGCUUCAAACUCUACUGGCCAGUCCGAAUCAAUUGAGGAUACAGCUUCUGCAUGCAUUCAGUUCUUGGAAUUAGAGAGCAGCAAGCUGAAUGCUGCUUCGUUAAAUGACAGUUCAUAAAUAACUUUUAAAAUGACAAAGUCUAGAUCAUCAGUUACAAUCAGUGUUCCCUCUAAACUGAGUUAGCUCACAGAGUUUUAGCCUCCAGCUCACACAUUUUUGAUGACCCCAGAGCACUCUAAUUUAUGCAUUAACUCACAACUUCAAUGCCAGUAGGCCACAAAGUAGAAUCUUUGCUCACAAGAUUCUGCAGUUUUGAGGAAACAUUGGUUACAAUAGUUAUAUUAAUCUGACAAACCAAUUGUCACUGCUGUGUUCAUAAUCACAACUUAUAUGGAGACCACUGAUUUGACCAGCACGGGACCUGUGGACACUACUGUGCCCACCCAUGUGCUUCUUGACUUUCUUUCACCAGGAACUCCUCAAAUAAUCCCAGAAGGCAUCACUUUUGGAUCAGUAUGGAACACCAAUUCAUAUCAUAUAUACCUUCCCCCCUCACAAAAGGAUCUCAAGAGAGAUUUGGGGUUAUGUUAUUGUGGUUUUAAUUCGAAAUGUUUUAACUAUUAUUGUAAGCUGCCUUGAAUCAUGAGAAAAGGUGAGAUAUAAACAUUUUUAUAAAUAAAACUGA